AUGACACUUGCCCGUUUGUCAGCGCAACAGGGUACCGGUCGGGACGUCGCGUGUGCAAGAGACCGUCUUCGCGGGCGUUGCCCAAUCUCGGUCACUUCAUUUGACACGGUCUCGGUAGUUCGUCUGUGUUGGAGGGGAUAUAACCUACAAUUACUCACCGGAUGGCCGUUGCCUUGCCUCGCCUCGUCUGGGAAACAUACAAUUUGCCUAAUGACGAUGGGAGCAGUGAUUUUGUUUGACCUCGCCACUCGGCUCCGGACAGACGAGGAGGCGGGCUCGAGCAGGUCAAGCAAACGCGGAGAGGAGGACAUCAGCAGCGAAUUCGAUGACGCUGAACUCAAUCGAUUUAGCGCCUUGACCCGGCAGUUGGUGAGCCCAACCGAGAGUCCUAAGGCUCGGCAAGGAGACCACAUACUGUACCCUCUUUCCGUGUUUGGUGGAGGGGAAUAG